GCGGAACGACCCACGUCAGUCGCUUCACAUCUCACUAACGAUUGGCUACAGGAGGUCACGUGUGUGGUUGUGAAGAUGGCGUCUCCGAAUGGAGGUGAGGACUUUGAGUCCUCUUUGCUGAGCUAUGAAAAGCUUGACCGAGCAUCACCUGACCUUUGGCCAGAGCAGUUGCCAGGGGUUUCAGAAUUUGCAGCCACCUUUAAAAACCCAAUCACAAACUCUCCACCCAAGUGGAUGGCAGAACUGGAAUCAGAAGACAUUGAAAUGCUGAAAGAACUGGGGAGUCUGACCACAGCUAACCUGAUGGAAAAAGUUAAAGGACUACAGAACUUGGCGUAUCAGCUGGGCCUGGAGGAGUCCAGAGAAAUGACGAGAGGGAAAUUCCUCAACAUCUUGGAAAGACCCAAAAAAUAGAGGCUGAACUCUACUGAAAUGUUGUUGUGCCUGAAGAAUAACAGCUACCGUAUUUUUUGCACUAUAAGACGCACAGGACUGAGUUAAGUUAAGCUAA